UUGAGCAUCGCGUUGUGGAUGCCACAGAUCGAUCGUUUCUACUGCCUUUCUUCGUUGGAGGGAAGUAGAGUUGUUGGGCAAUUCUCUCGAUGCGUCAGCUCGGCCAGCGCUGGCUCGAAGGAGUAUUUGUUCCUGGCUCUUUCGAUUCUCUAUCCAUGUCUCUACUCUUUCGCAUGAUUUUUUCAAAAGAGAAGAAAGUCUUUCGCUGCUCUUGGUGGAGUUUACGGUUAGGAAACACGUCUGUUCGUAUACGCUGUACAGACCUGCUGCUCUGCUGGGUUUUCAUUUUUCUAGGGGUUUAUCCCCCCUCCUUUUUUUGUUUUUUGUUUUGCAUCUUGCUGCAGGCUCAUUCGGACUUUUUCUCUGCUUGUUGAUGCUUGGUAUCUUUUUUUAUCCCCUGAGGGAUUCUCUGGAGUUGGUGGAUUGGGAGGAGGGAGCAAAGGGACGGGAGUUAGCAGCUAUGUGUGUAUGUAUGGUAUAUGCGGGGGGACAUGGCGGAUUAAUGGUUCAGGACCUGGAGGCAACCUUUUUUGUUUGUGCG